AUGACGAGUUUAAGCGAAAACGACAGGGUGACACCCCCACCUCCACUUCCCAUCGCGGCCGCUCACAACCCGUCAAAUCUACGAAAACUUCGGAAGCCGAUCUACAACAAUGCUAAAACCAAGAAUGCCGAGCGCACUACACAAGCCCAACUCAUCCUCUCCGACUCUAAUGCAGAGAAGAACAUCCUGGCUCAACGGACGGCAGUCUUGCCAUCGGUCCAGGAUCAGCCGGGCCCCAAACUUGAUCUGUGGACAUCAACCAUUGAGGCUCGGGAGAGUUUUAACUUGAACACCCGACGACCGGGCUACUAUCCUCUUUCGGGUUGGACAUAUCUAGGAGGCAUCGAGGACCUAAUGGACGACCUGCGAGAAGGGGUGUUGUUGCCUUAUCCUCCCGUUCCAGACACGACAGCACCGAGGCUGCCGGCGACGGACUCUCAACCGAACGUGCCUUCAACGUCAGUAUCAGUCCAGAGCGUGGGCCUCUUCGGCUCGCCGCCUCGGGGAGGGCUUUUCAUCUACCCCACCCUCCAGCGUCAAGCCUCCGUCAGCGUAUCUCCAGAGUGGCAAAAGAUCGACGAUUCGACAGAAGAACCAAGUAGUGAGAUCCAGACGCCAAAGAGGAAGCAACCCGUUAACAGGAUCUGGACGGCCGGCAGUGCCAAGCCCGAUAUGAAGGAGGGUACCCCUAGAGACUCAUUCCCAAUGGCUGCGCUCCUCAUUGAGCCCGCGAUGUCGUUGCCCUCGCUCCUUACCUCGUCCCUUUUGCAUGGGGAUGAGGAUGGGGAUUUAAAUGUCAUGACACCGACGUUCGCACGAAGGGACAGUGCGGCUUCCUGGCUUGGUGACGACGACGAUGUUGAUGAGGGGGAUUGA